AUGCCGUUCACUAGGCAGACGCCAAUGUCGUUGGUCCGGACAACACGGCUCCGGCAGCUUGGAAUGGGGUUGAUUGGGGUUCGGGGGAGACUCAGGAGAGUAGCCGCAGCGUUGCAAGAGGGCGCCCGCAGGCCCCUGGCUAGGCCUGGCCACCAGACCCACUUCCUCGCAACGGUCUGGCGGAAGGAAGAGCAGCAACAACACAAAGAGGCGGCGAUCAUGAUUACUGUUGAGUCUAGACGCCCGAGAGACCCCGGGAGGACGAGCAAGGAGUAUGAGGCCACGAUAAGGAGGACGAAUAACAGUGAACGAAACAAGGACUGA